AUGUCUUCUUCGGAAGCUACUACGCGUAGGCGUGUGAAGCUUUAUAUGUUAAACGAAGAGCGGCAGUGGGACGAUAAAGGAACUGGCCAUGUUUCUGCUCUCUACAACGAUGCUAGUUGCAUCUGUCUUGUCGUUAUUUCGGAAAAUGACGGGUCUCCUCUUCUGGAAUCCAAGAUUCAGCCGGAGACCGCUUAUCAGAAGCAGCAGGAGACACUUAUAGUUUGGUCAGAAGGCGAGAAUGUCGAUCUUGCUCUUUCUUUCCAAGAAAAGGCUGGGUGUGAUGACAUAUGGGAGAAGAUCUGUUCUGUGCAGGGCAAGGAUCCUUCGGUUGAGAUUACUCAAGAAGUCGUGGAUGAAUCCGACGACACUGAUGAUGUCGAGGCCUAUUCAUUAGCUACCAAUCAAGCUCUACAAACAUUUGAGCUUCCUCCUUGUGAACUCUCACGACUAGAAGAGAUCGCGGAAGUAUUUAGUACACACUUGAACCUUCUUCAGAAGCGUGAGCGCCUUGUUGCGGCUGUUGACCGUAGCAAUUAUAUCAGACAAUUAAUUGAUCUUUUCCACAAAGCUGAGGAUCUGGAGGAUUUGACUUCAUUGCAUUUUUUAUACGAGAUUUUCAGGCAGCUCAUCCUGUUUAAUAAGCAAGUUCUCUACGAAACACUUUUUUCCGACGAUGUUAUAUUGGACGUUAUCGGUAUCUUGGAGUACAAUCCAGGAGGUCGGACUCGACAUCGGGAUUUCUUGAGAAAUCAGGCGAACUUCAGGGAGGUAUUGCCACUCCACAACUCAAAGCUCAUAAAUAAAAUUCACCAAACCUAUCGAGUGCAGUACAUUCAGGAUUGUUGUUUGCCGCCGCCAAGUCUCUUUGAUGAACAGUCCAUGUCAGAUCUGAAGUCGUUCAUUUCGUCCAAUAAAAUGGAGAUUCUAAGUGCUUUGCAGGAAGAUCGAGAAAUUAUGCUAAGGUUGUUCACAUGCCUUAAGUCUGCCGACACUUCAGACUCCCAUCGGCGCGAACUGGCCCUCUUUGUGAAGGAGUUUUGCAAUCUCUCUGUACAGACCGAUCAGAAGGAGGCGUUCCUGGCUACCUUGUCCGCUCAUGGGGCUCUUUCCACUGUAGAGGUACUUCUUUCCAAUAGCGACCAUGACAUCAAGUCAGCCGCUCUGGUGAUUCUUCAGGCCUUCGUUGAAAAUCAGCCGUCAAUAGUACGCGAACACGUGUGUAAGGAGGGUGCUAGACAACAUCGAGACGAGAACAUUUUGAUAAAUUUGAUGAUUGCGCAGCUCCUAGAAGAUCCUGAUCCGGAACUUGGUGAUGCCUAUCAGCUGGGAUACAUGCUGCGUAUUCUAAUCGAUCCCGAUAAUAUGAACAACGCAUCUGCUAGAAGUGAGAAGUCAGAGUUUCUGAGCUUCUUCUACAAACGUUGCAUAGGCACGCUGACAAAACCAUUGUUCGAUAAUACUGCCCAUGGCACGAUUAAUUGUGACAACUAUCAUUCUGCACUUGUUUUGAGCAAUGUCUUGGACUUGUUGAUAUUUUGCAUCGAAACCCACACUUACCACAUGAAAAAUUAUUGCCUUCACCGGGAUCUCGUAAAACGUGUUUUGGUUCUUCUACGUUCAACACACAAGUUUCUGGUGCUAAGUGCUCUGCGAUUACUGCGCAAGAUGAUUCAGUUGAAGGAAGAAUUCUACAAUCGGUACCUUAUCAAAAACAGUUUGUUUAAGCCAGUGAUAGAGCUAUUUGCUACUAAUGGGCAUCGAUAUAACAUGAUCGACUCAGCCAUCGUUGAAUUGUUUGAGUACAUUCUCAUGGAGGAUAUCACGUCGCUUAUAAAUUACGCUGUGAAUGAACAUUGGGAGGUUUUAAACAAGAUCACCUAUGUAAACACUUUCAAGCGACUUAAGGAACGUUAUGAUGCUAGUAAUAAACCAGGCCGAACGGAACCAUCCAGUAUUUUCGGUCAGCAGAUUCCAACUGGCAUGUGA